GUUUCAUCGAAGCAAAAGGCUGAGGAAGAACAGGUAACUGCAGAAAUAGCAAUUCUCAGAUCGAGGAGCAGUGCUGCUGAAGCAAGGCUGGCUGCUGCUCGGGAGCAAACUCAGUCUGCUCAAGAGGAGGCAGAGGAGUGGAAACGGAAGUUUGACAUUGCUGUUCGAGAAGCGAAAAAUGCUCUUGAGAAGGCAGCAACUGUUCAAGAACGCACAAACAAGCAAACGCAACUGAGAGAAGAUGCUUUGAGAGCAGAAUUUUCUGGUACAUUGGCUGAUAAGGAAGAGGAAAUGAAGGCUAAGGUGGCAAAAAUUGAACAAGCUGAGCAGCGGCUGACUACUUUGAAUUCGGAGUUGAAGGCUGCUGAGUCUAAGAUAAAGAACUAUUAUCUGGAGAUAUCAAGCUUAAAGCUUGAGAUUAAGGAGUUGGGUGGGAGGUUAGAAAGUGUAAGCACUACUGCACGAUCAUUUGAAAGAGAAGCUAGGACUCUAGAACAGGAAAAAGAUCUUCUGGAGCAGAAGUACCAAUCUGAGUUUAACAGAUUUGGAGAAGUCCAUGAAAGGUGUAAAAUUGCCGAAAAAGAAGCUAAAAGAGCAACUGAAUUGGCUGACAAAGCACGAGCAGAAGCAGUCACUGCCCAGAGAGACAAGAGUGAGUUUGAGCGAAUAGCGAUGGAAAGAUUGGCCCAAAUUGAGAGAGCUGAGAGGCUUGUUGAAAAUCUGGAGAGGCAAAAAACUGAUUUGGCGGAUGAAGUAGAAAGGUACCGUGCAUCCCAGAUGGAUGCCCUAUCCAAAGUUGCAAUGCUGGAGGCAAGGGUUGAAGAAAGGGAAAAAGAAAUUGAGUCACUAUUGGAAUCGAAUAAUGAACAGAGGGCUGAUACAGUUCAAGUCCUUGAGAGUCUCUUGGAGACCGAGCGUACAGCACGUGCAGAGGCAAACAACAGAGCAGAAGCACUCUCUGUUCAGCUACAAGCCACACAAGGAAAACUUGAUUUACUCCAGCAACAGAUGACUGCAGUUCGCCUCAACGAAACAGCAUUGGACAGUAAGCUCAAAACUGUUUCGCAUGGGAAACGUGCAAGGGCAGAUGAAUAUGAAAUAGGUGUGGAAUCUGUUCAUGAUAUGGACACUAAUGACCGAAUAACCAGAGGAAAUAAGAAGUCCAAAAGUACAACUAGCCCUUUGAAGUUCACAACACCAGAAGAUGGUGGCUCAGUGUUUAAGGGUGAUAAAGACAACCACAGCCAACAAACCAAUUCAGAAGAUUAUUCAAGGUUCACAGUGCAGAAACUUAAGCAAGAGCUCACAAAACAUAAUUUUGGCUCUGAGCUGCUCCAGUUGAAGAAUCCCAAUAAGAAAGACAUCCUUGCUCUCUACGAGAAAUGUGUUCUCCAGAAAUCAUGA